AUAAAUUCUCUCAUGCAGUCAGUGUUCGUGCGGGUGUGUAUGCAUUUUUCCGCCCUCUCUCCGCGAUUUGUGUGUUUUCCUUCCGGGGCUGGAUGUCGGAGCCUGAGCGUUUUGGCUGAUCUCCGGGAUGACGACUACGACUAUGAUGAUGAUGAUGUUGAUGUUGGUUUUGGGUUGGUGCCGUUAUUAUAUGGCAUCAGAUAUCCAGAGACCAGGGGUUGGCUUCCGAGCUGCCGGCAAACAGACAAACAGUUCACGGCAGCCGACGAAGUCAGUAUGUGGUCGUUGUUAUCGAAUUAACGGAGUGAUUUUUAGUUGACGAACGGAUAUCGGGAAGUGCACCUAGCAUCGGGAAGCAUCUGUGAAUCUCCUGGAUUCAGGGCUAUCUAUAAAUCACUUAUUCCGGUCAUUGAUAGCCGAGUAGACUCUACCGUUCAUAGGAUACCUCUCGAGAAAGCUUUCAGCAAAUGAAAAAUGCAUUUCUCAGCAAAAAACUAAAUCUAAACAGAAAAAGUUCACCACCAGAGGCCUACAAAGCAUCGUAGUCGAAUAAUCAACCUGAAGUAUAGCGAAAAAGCAAACCAAAAAAAAAAAAAAAAAAACAAAUCCAGUGUCAAUCGAAAAUUAGAGCUUUCUCCAACAAACGGUUUGACGAAAAGACUGACGACGACCCCGGUGUGACGAUCGACGAGUGAUUCGAGUUUAAAUUGGAUUGCUAUUUUUCCGUUCUCUCCCGUGGAAAUUCGCAUCGUUUCUGGGUGCAAGUGCAGCUGUGUUCCUAGAGUUAAGUUUUUUUGUGUGAUGUUCCCAUGCACCGGAAGAAAAAAAUCAGAGUGGGUAUCACGCAAUUAAUGAUGCGAAAUUGAAAAGGAUUAACGUUCAAAUCGCGGUGUUAUCGUUACGGUUGCGAUUCGCGAUUCGGGUUUUAAGUGAGUGGGAAAGUGUCACGAAGUUGGAUGUGUUUGCGAUCAGAUAUCAUAUGGUACUGCUGUUUUUAGCUUAUAAAUCGUAUAAACGCGUCAAUCUAGAACCGUGAAACGUGAUAGCUAGCAAAACUUGGUUGAAUGUUUUCUUUUGGAGAUAUGGAAAGUGGGACGAUGAUACAGGAUAGUAAACCAGGUUUCACAAAAUCAUCGCUCGCUGAUUUCUAUGACAAAUUGGAGAAAGAGGAAAGUGGUCGCAACUUUCCUUCUAUCGAAGAUGGCAGUCAUGGCGGCGGUCCUUUAACGAGGGGUGAAAAUGGCCUUUCCGGAAAAUCGGAUCACCGUGGCUCUCCGAUAUCUUGCUACUCCCCGCAGAACCGGCUGCUUCCGUGGCCUUCGCAACAUUUGGCCCCGUCCAACGACGGAGGAAAUGGUCUCAGUACUCUCAGUGUCAGUGCCCGGAAGUCCCAGAAUUUGGGUCUGAUUUGUGUGGUCUGUGGCGAUACCAGUUCCGGGAAGCAUUAUGGAAUCCUAGCUUGCAACGGGUGUUCCGGAUUUUUCAAACGAAGCGUUCGGCGGAAACUGAUUUACCGAUGUCAAGCCGGAACAGGAAACUGCACCGUAGAUAAAGCCCACCGGAACCAAUGCCAGGCGUGUCGACUGAAAAAAUGUCUUUCCAUGGGGAUGAACAAAGACGCGAUUAAAGGCGUGAAAUCGGUCCAAAAUGAGCGUCAACCACGUAACACGGCAACAAUCAGACCGGAAGCACUGCGGGACAUGGAACAGGGCCGGGCGCUGCGGGAAGCGGCGGUGGCGGUUGGCGUUUUCUGUCCUCCUGUAUCUUUGGCGCUCCUUUCACCUUCACGCUACGGACCGAGCAUCCUGCCGGCUCCCGCGCUUCCCACAAGUCAGUUCCUGCACCACCACAGCCAAGUAUCGUCCCUGGUGAACAGUUUACCCCACCAUCAUCCUCAUCAUCCGCACCAUCCGAUGCACGGCCUAGCAAACGGAUUAUCGCUCGGUCUAAACGGAGUCAGUUCCAUGGGUCACAGCGCAUCGGCUGCGGCAGCCGCAGCAGCCUUAGCCGCAAACAGUUCCGCCGUCGGCAACAGUCACAGCCACAACGGUGGAGGUGGCAACACUAACAACAACAACAACAACUCGCUGAUCAGCAACAACAACCUGAGCUCGGUGGAAAACCUCAACGUAACACAGUCUUCGAACCACUCCAACACCGGAAGUGAACAGCAUUCACCUGCCGGCGGAGCAUCUCCGGUGCAGCAAAACUCCAAUGGAGGGACAACUACGCCCGGAUGUCAGAAUUCGGCGGCCGAUCGGGAAGAUUCCUCCGGAUUGAAACAGCAUCGGCACAGCACCUCGUCCUGCGGUUCAGCAAGUCCGAUCCUGCAGGAUGAUAACGGGAAUGAUAACGAUGACGAUUCGAUUGAUGUCACCAACGACGAGGAUACGGAACCGGUCCAGAACAAUUCCAGCAUUCCGAGCCUGGUGAAUCAUCCGCUGUACGGUCAGAGCCCGAUGUUCAACUUCCAAGAAACAAUCUACGAAACAAGCGCCCGAUUGUUGUUUAUGGCCGUAAAAUGGGCAAAGAAUCUUCCGAGUUUUGCCAGCCUUACCUUCCGAGAUCAGGUUAUUCUUCUCGAAGAAUCCUGGGCCGAACUGUUCCUGCUGAAUGCCAUCCAGUGGUGUAUGCCAAUAGAGACAUCGGCCUGUACUUUGUUCUCGCUCAACGAACAUUGCGCCAGUACGAACAACUCCGGAGUUUUCAAACCGGGACAGUUGGCCCAAGACCUCCGGGUGCUGAACGACACUCUGUGCAGGUUCAAAUCGGUGAUGGUUGACCCGGCCGAAUUCGCCUGCAUGAAGGCAAUCGUUCUGUUCCGAUCCGAAGCACGUGGCUUGAAGGACCCAGUUCAGAUAGAAAACCUUCAAGAUCAAGCGCAGGUUAUGCUGGCUCAACAUUCCCGCAGUCAAUUUCCCGGACAGAUCGCUCGAUUCGGUCGGCUGCUGCUGAUGUUGCCGCUGCUGAGAAUUAUCAAUUCGCAUAAAAUCGAAUCGAUUUACUUUCAGAAAACUAUCGGAAACACCCCGAUGGAAAAGGUCCUUUGUGAUAUGUACAAAAAUUAGCGACCGAAAGCUGUUGCCGUCAUGUGAAUAGAAAUUUAUUUGUAGGUUAGAUUAGUGGACAACACACAUAAAAACCGCAACCAUAAAAGCAUAUUUAAUGCCAGUCACUGCACAAAAUUUCUAAAAGCACUAGGUUAGGAAAAUGGGAACACAUUCGAAACCCCAAACAACCGAAUUGCACCACCAAAGCAUAACAGAUUACCGCUAGCUAACCUUAAAUUCGGACCCGUUCCUCGAAAAUCCAUUUAGGUUAGAUCCCGAUAAACGUAGAACGUGUGCAAUACCUAAUUGUUUUAUUUUGCGUUUGUGUGCGGAAACGUUUGGUCAAAAUUGUCAACGGGAGUAAAUGGCCGGCAUGCAAGAAGGGAAAAAAUUGCACAACCAAUUUACUUCAUUACUUGAAAAUGUGUUUGGGGCUAGCUUUCGCCUAAAUUCGAAAAGUUUUGCAUCCACAAUCAAUGGUUUUGAUUGUGACGUUCAAUUAGCUUUUCCGGAAAGACGUCUAAGUCGAGAGAGUAAAUAUAAUUUUCAAUUGUUUCUUAGUUGAAAUACCAAAACUAUUAAUUUUUAAACAUUAAUGAAAGAAUCAGCAAUCUGGUUCACUGAUGGUCGCAGAAAAAAAAAACAAAGCUGUUUUCUCACUUGAUCCACGCGGGAGAAAAAAAGGAACAAAAUCGUCUUCAAAAUCUGCAAACAUGGCGGACUUAUUAUCAUAUAACCAUUUAGUCCGACCUCGAGUAACUAUUUUUACGACAUUUAACUUGCGUUAGUUGAAAUUACGAUUCGCAGUAACGUUUUGAAUGACUUGAGUUAUCAUUUUUAAUGCGAUUUUUUGUUUGCUGGGUAGGGAUCAUUGGAACUUAUGACAUACAUCUUGGAAAACUUUUUCUUAAAAAAAUAAGAGUUUACUAUUGGUUUGAAAAUUUGGCGUUAUGAAGUUCAUAUUAUGCUUUUACGACUGACAUAUUGGAAUAACUAUUUUGAUUAUUUUUUUUUUCAUAUGACAACUAUUUUACAGUGAUAAAAUAGAUCUUUAUUUUAUUAAAUUUCUCAAACAAAAUGCAAUAAAUUCUAAACAUAUUUUUUCGAAAUUAUUUUGAGAUAACACGUUUGUUGUUUUGUUCUGUUUGGCAAAUUUUUCUAGAACAUUCUAGAACAUAGGGGAGAUUUGGAUUACUUGAUUUUCUUUUCCUGUGUACACCAUAUCUUUCAGGGAAAAUUAUCCUUUUAAAAUCUCAUUUUUUCUCUGAAAGAUUUACAGAGGUUUAGUUUCAGAAUUUCAACAACUUUUGUUGAACGAAAAACUUUGAUCGUUGAGGAAAAUUGUGUGACAAAUUUGAAAACAGACAUAUACACAGGGACUAAGGAACAAUAAUUUAAGUCUUUUUUCGGUUCUGUUUCUACGCACUUCAACCUUUUUUGGAAAUAUCUUAAGACUUACUUGUAGUCACAUUCAGGGCCAUAGGAAG